AUGCCAGCACACACAGGACACCGAAGCGGCGGCGGCCGCCAGCCUAACCGCGGGCAGAACACUCAAAAGGGCGGCCGCAAUCGCGCCUCCAAAGCCGAAGCUUCCACUAUAUCCAACCAAGCCACCAAAGUCGCCGCACAUAAAGCCAAGGAGGUAGCUUCCCGACACGCUCGCCCUGUUGAGACUGACCUGAUUAUCGACCCGACCAUUGCCCAUCUACAGUUUAGCUGUGUUGGCAAGGAUCCCAAAUCCAUGGCUACGACGUUUCCUAACCUCGACGCCGUCGCCGAAGCACUCAAUCGGGAGCCUGAGGCUAUCGUUGAGUUCUUCGCUGAAGCGCUCGGUACAAACCACUAUAUCAAGUACGCCAACGUGACCGAGGAGGUCAAGGGUGGGAAGGUCGGGGAGAAGUGUCGGAAGGCCAUGCCGAAGUAUUUCCUUGGAGGUGAAUUCGAGCGGGCCACACUGCAGUUUGCUCUCGACCAGUACGUUGUGAGAAUUCAGUGCCCGAUUUGUUUCGGGUUUGAGACUCAAUUCGAUGAGGAGUGCGAGGAGGUUGUUUGUGAGGACUGUGAUGCACCACUGACAACAGCCACUACACAGAAGCCAGCGGCCAAGUCAAUCGUCACCAUGGACGUCAAACCCUGGGACAACGAGACCGACGUAGACGAGCUCGUCACCAAUGUCAGGGCUAUCGAGAUGGACGGUCUCGUCUGGGGUGGUCACAAGCUUGUUGCGGUCGGCUAUGGCAUCGAGAAGCUGCAGAUUAAUCUUGUCGUCGAGGACGAUAAGGUCUCCGUUGAUGAUCUGCAGGCCAAAAUCGAGGAGGAUGAGGAUCACGUGCAGUCCACCGACGUCGUAGCCAUGCAGAAGCACUAA